AUGGGAGAUCGAUCUGUGCGCAAUCUCCUAUUUGAGGAAAAGUCGAUAGUAGAGCAGCUCACGAAUACGGUACAUGGCGCCGUGGGAUUCGCACACAAUGUCCAGACCACGCUCGACGACAUCAAAGAUAACACCAAGAGGCUUUUCUGGUGGUCCUCUACAUUUGUCGUCAUCUGUGUAGGACUUUUCCUUCUUGGCCAACUUGUGCGUCUGCACUCUCAGAUGAGCAGGAUGGUCCAGUAUCAAGAGAUCUUUCGGAGGAUGUGGGAAGAAGAUAGGAUACUCAAGCACGAACGACUCGAAGAGGAAAAACGGGAGAGAGGACAGAGAAGAAUUGCUGCUAGAAGGAAUAAAGCAAGCGCUCCAAUCGCUCCGCCAAGGCGUUAUGGGAGACAGGACGACGAGGAGUCGCAUGCGUCGGGGUAUCGGCAAUCGCCAUUUCGCGCUGAGGUCGACGAUGCUUUAGAUGCUGUACCACCGUCGGGGCCGCAGCGCGAUGAAUGGAUUCGUGCACUGGCGGAUAUGACACAAGAAAGUCGGCGAGCUCAUUAUCAACAGCAACAAGAGGACGACGACGAAGAAGAAGAGAUUUGGGGGAGACGGUCGUAA